AAGGAAAUUACAAAUAUUAUUUUUACUCCCCACUUCGACGUCCGCCGACUGAAAUAAUGUUCUCCGAUAUGGCAUGGGUUGAUUGUAGACACACUAAGAAAUAUCGGAGCUAUUUAUAGUUUUGCCAUGGACUUAAACUUUUAAUGCAACUUUAUUUUGCUUUCAUAAAAAAUGUAUUUAUUUCGGAUAUGAUUAUCGUCUCUUUUGGUGAGUACAGCCUUGGGCAGGAUAAGAAUAGGCACCUCUGCCUGUGCACAGAAUAUGCGCUUCAACAACAUGACCCAUUGGAACGGAAAAAUUGCCAUUCAGGUGAAGUAGGCCUAUACAGCAGGUGGCUGUAAAAACACACUCCUGGUUAGCCCCUUUCUAUGUCUUUGUGGGCCACUCCCUUGCAGAUUAUCUACAUGGGUUAAGAAGACUGGAACACCAGUAAAACAGAUUUCUUAAUCAUCUUCCAGAGUUCACAGGCCCAGAGAGAAGACGAAAAGAUGCAUGCUGGGCAGAGGAAAUCAAGGGUCCUGUGUCUCAUGAUGAUGCUGAAUAUCUUAAUCUGUAUCCUGGUGGGGGUGUCAUUAAACCUGGGUCAGGAGAAGGGUGGGAGUCAGAAGAUUCGGAUCCCCUCGACAAAGUUCUGGAGCAAGCACACGGUGAGCAAGUCCUACUGGAACAAGGAGCAGCAGAGGCUGGGCUUCCUCUACAACCCCCUCAUUGGGACUGUGCUGACCAAUGACACCCUCUCUGAGCUCCCUGAUUGGCUUAACAAUACAAGCCCCAUUGGUUCCUGUGAACCGGACUACAGCGUCACUACAAAGAUCUCGGACUACAACUCCCUUCCUCAGCGCUUCCAAGACUUCCUGUUGAAUAUGCGCUGCCGGUCGUACCCCAUGGUAAUGGACCAGCCUCAUGUGUGUAAAGGCAAACCCUUCCUGCUAUUGGCCAUCAAGUCUCUUACGUCCCACUUUGACCGCCGGCAGGCCAUUCGUGAAUCUUGGGGAAAGGCGGGCAUCUUAGCCAAUCAAACAGUGGUCACUGUGUUUUUGCUGGGCAAUUCCACAGCUGUUGACCACUUCCCAGACCUUUCAGGGAUGCUGCGUCAUGAGGCAAAGCUUCACAGAGACAUAGUCCAAUGGGAUUUCAGGGACUCCUUUUUCAAUCUAACUCUCAAAGAUGUACUCUUUUUGGAGUGGUUGAACAAGAGGUGCCCGAACACCAAGUACAUUUUCAAGGGGGACGAUGAUGUCUUUGUCAACACCUUGAGAAUUUUAGACUUUUUAAAAGGUCUCCCAAGAAAAAAAGCCUCGGAUCUCUUCAUAGGGGAUGUGAUUACCAACGCUGGCCCCCACAGGGACAGGAAACUCAAGUACUUUAUACCCGAGAGUGUGUUUGUCGGGGGUUACCCGCCUUACGCAGGGGGUGGAGGGUUUUUGUACUCGGGGGAACUGGGAAUUCGCCUCUACAACAUCUCCCAACAAGUGCCACUCUACCCCAUCGAUGACGUGUACACGGGGAUGUGUAUGAAAAGGCUGGGGUUGGUCCCAGAGAAACACAAAGGCUUCCAGACUUUUGACAUUGAGGAAAAGUACAGGAAUAACCCAUGCGUCUACAAAGGCUUGAUGCUAGUUCACAGUAGGACGCCACAGGAAAUGAUUCAGAUAUGGGCUUGGCUCAACAAUCCUGACAUUGAAUGCCAGUGAUCGUCUGUGUAGUAGUCAGUUUUCUCAACUUUUCUCAACUUUUUUUUAUCAUGGCAUCAAAGUCACGUAAUUGUAUGAAUCAGGCAACAACUUAAGAGUACUGCAUUUUCCGUACAUUCUUUUACAAUCUCAUUCUAUUAGAAUGGAAAGGACGAGUCCUAGAAUCUACCUACAUUUUUUGCUAGAUAUACAAUUAUUUGAUCUAAAUCCUUUCUUUGAAAGAACUGUAUUGGAGUUCUAUGCAAAAUGAUACCGUUCAACUUACAUUCAGCAAUGUUUUAAUUACUGUACAUAGCAACAGACAGUUAUCUGCAGGUAGAUCUUGGGUCCUGUCUCUUCUUGGCCAUAAACAGACAUUGGCAAGCUAACAGUGGAUGUAGCAGAAUGUUAACAAAGCUUUGAGGUCAGGGUUUGAUUUGCUGCCUUAUGUUUUUCGAUUGACCCUCAAAGUGGUUUGUGUUUGUAUUUGUGAUAGCUUCAUUGUCUUUGCUACCUACUGUAUUAAAUGUUAUUGUUUUGGUCAUGUGGUGUGUUGUGUGUCCCUAUUCAGCUUAAUGACUGACUGGAUCAGAAAAUGUGUUGUCUGAUAUUGUAUACUACUGAAUUUGCUCAGGACAAUAGUAUUGUUAAUGCGACAUAUCAGGGUGUUCAUAUUCUUUAUAGGUAUAUUUGCAAUUGAUCAUAGACAAAUCUAUUUAUAAUGUACAUUUGUAAGUGGAGGGGUGGGUUACAGUUGUUUGUGUUGUUUGUGUUGGUUAGAUAAUUGAGAACUAAAGUUGCACAGGUUUUGAUAAUACAUUUAUGGGUAUUGUCAAUGAUUGACAUUUGAUAAUAAGCUAAGAAAUAGUGUAAAAUGUGCAUUCUGUGGAAGAGUUUGAUCUUCUUUACAACAGUACUGAUGUGUGUGUUGCUCUCUCAAUACCAAGCUUUUAAUAGAAUCAUCAGGGUUUAUACCUUCAGCUCCAUGGAAGUAGAGAGAUGUAUAAUUAAAUGCCACACAUUUUUAAGCACAUUUUCUACCUUUUGCUGAUUUUUUAUUAUUCUUAAAGUGGCUUAAGGUAAUGGAAUGGCUAUCUUGUAUUUCGUUUUUGUAGAAUAAUAAAUAAUUGUUUAAACUUUG